CUCUUAACACGAGUCAACAGUACCAGGGGGGACACAUGAAUCAUCUCAUCCUGUAUGUCUGGCAUAUAUGUAACACUGGUACUAAUUAGUAAUUAAUUUUAAAGCGGCAAAAGAAUCCAUAUAAUAAACAACAAGUAUAUCUGAUCAUCAUCAGAUAUGCAACCAACAUCACUUUUAGUGCCGUUUGUGCAAGAACUAGCAAAGCAGGCAUCACCCAAUGUUCCAGAACGCUAUAUCCGCCCACAACAUGAGCGUCCAACCCUAUCCUCCACCCCCAACAACCACCCUUUGCCCCAAGUUCCUGUUAUUGACUUCUCCAAAUUGCUGUCCCAACAACACAAGGAACCUGAACUCCAGAACAUGCACUCUGCCUGCAAACACUGGGGUUUCUUUCAGCUGAUUAAUCAUGGAGUGAGCAGUUCAUUGUUGGAGAAUGUGAAGAAAGGUAGUAAAGAUUUCUUCAAUCUUCCAAUGGAAGAAAAGAACAAAUAUAGGCAGAAGGAGGGAGACAUACAGGGAUAUGGACAAUUGUUUGUGGCCUCAGAGGAACAGAAGCUAGAAUGGGGAGAUGUCUUUUACAUGUUAACCCUGCCACCUCAAAUUAGAAAACCCCACCUCUUACCAACCCUCCCCCAACCUUUCAGAGAUGAUUUGGAUACUUAUUGUGUGGAAAUGAAGAAUCUAGCAGUCCAAGUGAUUGAGCUUAUGGCAGAUGCAGUGAAAGUGGAGAGGAAGGAAAUGAGAAAAUUGUUUGGUGAUGGGAGUCAAGCUAUGAGGAUGAACUAUUAUCCAGCAUGUCCCCAACCGGAGCUUGUGAUGGGACUCAAUCCUCACUCUGAUGGUGCUGCACUCACCAUCCUUCUCCAAGUCAAUGAUGUUGCAGGCCUCCAAAUAAAAAAAGAUGGUCAAUGGCUUCCUGUUAAACCACUCCCUAAUGCUUUGGUCAUCAAUGUCGGAGACAUAUUGGAGAUGAUCACAAAUGGGAUUUACCAAAGUAUAGAACACAGAGCAAUAGUGAAUGCAAAGACAGAGAGGAUUUCCAUAGCCACAUUUUACCUGCCUACCAUGGGAUCAACUAUAGAGACUUAUUGUGCGGAAAUGAAAAAACUUGCGAUCCAAAUGGUUCAACUUAUGGCAAACGCCCUUAGAGUGGACCCCAUGGAAAUAAAAGAGCAAGUUGGUGAAGGGACUCUAUCAAUGAGGAUGAAUUAUUACCCACCAUGUCCCCAACCUGAACUUGUGAUGGGACUCAAUCCUCAUUCUGACGGUAGUGCCCUCACCAUCCUUCUCCAAGUCAACGAAAUGCAGGGUCUCCAGAUCAAGAAAGAUGGAAUCUGGAUUCCUGUCACACCCCUUCCUAAUGCCUUUGUUAUUAACAUUGGCGACAUAUUCGAGAUAAUAACAAAUGGAAUUUUCAAAAGUAUCGAACAUCGGGCAAUAGUUAAUCCGGAGAAGGAAAGGCUUUCUAUAGCUACAUUUUACAACGCUGAGCCACAAAGAAAUUUGGGUCCAAAACUGCACCAUGCAUGUAAAGACUGGGGUUUCUUUCAGCUGAUUAAUCAUGGAGUGAGCGAUUCGGUGGUGGAGAAUGUGAAGAAAGGAGUUGAAGAAUUCUUCAAUCUUCCAGUGGAAGAGAAGAGGAAGUUUGGGCAGAAGGAAGGAGAUGUAGAGGGAUAUGGUCAGGCAUUUGUAGUCUCUGAGGAACAGAAAUUAGAGUGGGCUGACAUGUUCUUUCUGAUCACUAUGCCACCUCACUUGAGGAAACCACACUUGUCUCCAAACAUCCCCCAACCAUUCAGGGACAACUUAGAGGCCUAUUCCUUAGAAUUGGAAAAACUUGUUAUGGAAUUGGUUGACCUUAUGGCAAAUGCCCUGCAAGUGCACACCAUGGAGAUCAAAGAGGUGUUUGGUGGAGGAACUCUAUCAAUGAGGAUGAACUAUUAUCCACCAUGUCCCCAACCAGACCUUGUGAUGGGACUCAAUCCUCAUUCUGAUGCUGUUGCUCUCACCAUCCUUCUUCAAGCCAAUGAAAUACAAGGUCUUCAAAUUAAAAAAGAUGGAAUGUGGAUUCCUGUUAAGCCACUCCCCAAUGCCUUCAUUAUUAACAUUGGAGACAUGUUUGAGAUGAUAAGCAAUGGAAUUUAUCGAAGCAUUGAGCACAGAGCAACAAUAAACUCAGAGAAGGAGAGGAUUUCUAUAGCAACAUUUUACAAUCCUGAUAUCAAUUCUAUUCUGAAACCAGCACCAAGCCUUGUGACUCCAGAAACACCAGCUGUGUUCAAAACAAUUAGUUGUCAAGAAUAUUACAAGGGAUACCUUUCAAGAGAACUCCGCGGCCGAUCAUACCUUCAGAGCAUGAGGCUUCAAAAUGAAAAUCAGGAAACCUCUUAAAUGAAAAGACUGCUUUGCCAUUCAGUUUCUUUGUUCUGUUGUUUUUCUUUUUAUACGUGAAUGAUAAAAGUGACGGACAAAUAUGUCAAAAGCUGUCUCAUUUCAGUGUUUGAUUUACAUGUAACAAAUUUGAGUGAUUAAGAACUUUGGAGUUUGAACGGUAGUUGGAACUAAUUGUUCACUUGCUUUGCUAGUUUCCAUAAUAAUAUUGAGGAUAUUUUCAUCA